GACGAGUAGAGAAACAUAAACCACCUUAAUCUUACAAGACAUUCUCGUUGGUGUUGCAGAGAAGAGUGUUUCGAGUUUCUUCUUUUUUUCGUUUUCCUGGGCUGAAUGAGCUCCCAAUGCCUUCUUUAGGUACCUUUUCUGAUAUUGCUACUAUCCAACCUUCCUUGCAAGCUCAUCUUGUUCCAUUGGGGGCUCAGAGUAUUAUCCAUGCUAAAACUCUACCUAAUCCAUGGAGACAAUCCUGUUUCUCGAAGAAUUUGAAAUUUUACACAGGUCAUCUUCAUGUCCGAAGAGGCAAAGUCCUUAUUACUGCAGUGGCCACUCUUGAAACGAAGUAUCCGGCUCAGAAAGAAAACGAACAGAGCUCUUCUUUGUCUUCUGCUUCUUCAAAAUCUUCUAAUGGAAGUGGUGAUGAUGGCGAAGAACAAGUGGAUGACAGAGAAAAGUUGAGAAGGAUGAGGAUUUCUAAGGCAAACAGAGGGAACACUCCUUGGAACAAAGGCAGGAAACAUAGUCCGGAGACCCUACAGAAGAUUAGAGAAAGGACAAAGAUUGCAAUGCAAGACCCAAAGAUCAAGCUGAAAUUAGCGAAUCUUGGGCACGCACAAAACAAGGAGACACGGAUGAAAAUUGGGGAGGGAGUGCGGAUGCGAUGGGCAAGGCGGAAGGAGAGGAGAAAAGUGCAGGAGACGUGUCAUUUCGAGUGGCAAAACUUGUUAGCGGAGGCUGCUAAAGAAGGAUAUACAGACGAAGAAGAGCUUCAGUGGGAUUCUUACAACAUUUUGGAUCAACAGAAUCAACUGGAAUGGCUGGAAAGUGUUGAGCAGAGGAAAGCCGCUAAAGGAGCUAAAAGUAACAGAAGAGCGCCAAAAUCUCCUGAACAAAGAAGGAGAAUUGCAGAAGCAAUAGCUGCUAAAUGGGCUGAUCCAUCUUACCGUGAAAGGGUUUGCUCCGGCUUGGCAAAAUAUCACGGUAUACCUGUUGGUGUCGAGAGGCGUCGUAGAAGACCAAGGAGCGAUGCUGAACCUAGAAAGAAGAAUCCUACAAAGAAAAGUACAAGGGAUACAGAGUUUGAACGGCAAAGCCAAGUUCAAGUAGUGAAAGUACGGAAGCGCAAAACACCUGUGUAUAAAGAUCCUUUGGCAAGUUCAAAACUGGAAAUGAUAAAAAGCAUCAGAGCAAAACGAGUGGCGGAAGAAUCGAAGAAGAUGGAUGCUGUGGAACGAGCAAGGCUUUUGAUCUCGGAAGCUGAGAAAGCUGCGAAAGUCCUUGAGAUUGCUGCUUUGAAAAGCCCGGUUGCUCAAGCAUCUUUGUUAGAGAGUAAAAAGCUCAUAGCAGAAGCAACACAACUGAUUGAAUCUCUAGAGAUGAGGCAGAUAGCUUCAGAUGAAGAUGGGACUUACCCAUCUCUUCUCUCACCUCAGCAUAAUAAUACUCUUCUGGAGGUAGACAGUGAAUCCGAAACCAAAGAUACAAACGAUCGAGAACAACAAGGAGAGAUUAACGGAACACACACAUUCCCGAUCAACGGAGAGAGUCUUCACUUGAACAUGAGAUCUAGCGAUUUACCGACAUUCAACAUAGAAGGUACUACAAAUCAGUCUAUUUCUGACAAGGAAUCCAACACAUCCCAGGGAGAUAGAGAAGAUAUCAAACUCGGGAUAGUUUCGCAACCAAACGGAACCAGAGUCCAUCCACCAGCAGAGUCUAAUGGAGCUAUCAGUCUUGCUGAGAAUCAUCCUCUUCCGAAUGGUUACCACGGGAUGGACGACAAGGCUGUAUCUUUGGAAUCAGGAAACGUAACGAAGAAGUGGGUUCGUGGAAGGCUCGUAGAAGUCACAGAAGCAGCCUAAUGUUGUAGCGAUUUAGCAGAGAAAAGUCGUAUUUUCAGUUAGUGAUUCAAAAUUUUGGCUUAUAUUAUUGGUCAUAUGCUUGAGAGAAGCAAUUUCCAGUUUGUGAUGUGCCAAUUGUAUCUAUAACUCAAUUGUAUGUCAGAGUUUCAGCUUAGUAAACAAUUCUUCAUAGC